CGCGUGGCGCUGCGCGCUCAGUGGCUUUGGAAACCACCAGAAGGGGCGGGGGCAGCGUGUUGCUGGAAGCACGCGCCGCGGGAGGGAGGGGGCGGGACGCGGCCGCGGUCAGCUGACUCGGGAGCCUCUUGCCGAGCGACGGUUAGCGGUGGCCGUUGGAGCGGUAACGGUAGCGGCGGCGGCCUGGCGGGGCGGAAGGAAGGGUCUCGGCCCGAGGGAGGCGUUAUGGCGACCACUGUCAGUACCCAGCGGGGCCCGGUAUAUGUUGGUGAGCUUCCUCAGGAUUUUCUUCGCAUCACCCCAACCCAGCAACAACAGCAAAUCCAACUGGAUGCCCAGGCAGCUCAGCAGCUACAGUAUGGAGGACCAAUGGGUACAGUAGGCAGACUCAGCAUUACAAUAGUACAGGCAAAAUUGGCAAAAAACUAUGGAAUGACCCGCAUGGAUCCAUAUUGUCGAAUACGGCUGGGCUAUGCUGUGUAUGAGACUCCCACAGCACAUAAUGGAGCCAAGAACCCUCGCUGGAACAAAGUUAUUCAGUGCACUGUUCCCCCGGGUGUGGACUCCUUUUAUCUAGAGAUUUUUGAUGAGCGGGCCUUUUCAAUGGAUGAUCGCAUUGCUUGGACACACAUUACAAUUCCAGAGUCUCUGAAACAAGGAAACGUGGAGGAUGAAUGGUAUAGCCUGAGUGGAAGGCAGGGGGAUGACAAAGAAGGAAUGAUCAAUCUGGUUAUGUCAUACACGUCUUUGCCAGCUGCCAUGAUGAUGCAGCCCCAGCCAGUGGUCCUGAUGCCCACUGUGUACCAGCAAGGAGUUGGAUAUGUGCCUAUAGCAGGGCUUGAGUACUUUGCUCUGGGGAUGCCUGCAGUCUGUAAUCCCGGCAUGGUGCCAGUGGCCAUACCACCUCCUGCAGUGAACCCUCAGCACCUUUGUAACGAAGAGGACCUGAAAUCUAUCCAGGAUAUGUUUCCCAACAUGGACAGGGAAGUAAUCCGCUCAGUGCUAGAAGCGCAGAGGGGGAACAAGGAUGCGGCUAUCAACUCCUUGCUUCAGAUGGCUGAAGAAUCAUAGAUCCCUACUGCCUGCACUGUCCCCAUCCUUGAUGCCACCUUUGUUUUUACUUGCCAAGCCAGGGGUUUAGCUAGAGGAAGAAUUUCCUAACAGUUUUCUGUUAGCGUAUCCUGUAUGAAAGAUUGUAUCCCCUUUUCUCCUUGGACAUUUGCAUCUUUUUCACUUUCUUCUUCAGUGUCCGUGUUUUCAGUUUAGCGUGUGUUCUACAACACCAUUGAAACAUCUUUACUUAAUCAGCCAUGCCCUGUGUGGCUAUACUCUGCCUGGGGUGGCGAGUAAUGCUGCUUUCUUCCUUUCUCUCCCCAUUUUCAAAAAACAAGUUCUUACAAAGUAACUCUAUGCAGUACAGGAUAUACUACUGUUUGUUAGAUUGAAAAAACUUUUUCUGUGGAGGGUUUCCUUUUUAGCAUAAGUGAUCUGUUAAAAUAUUUUGGUUUCAUCAAGCAGCCUGUUUCUACCAGAAAUUAAAAAAAGGCCCGUCUGCUUGUUCUGUGGUGUUUAAUUAUUGCUGUGAUAUAGUCAACUGUCCUUGAUGAAAAUUUUUAAUUGAAUAAGCUAAAUUCCUUGGUUGCACUGUUGAUAUUUGUAAUGAGCAUCUUCUAUUCCACCUAGUCAUUUGGCACCAAAGCAAUGUAUUAUCUGGUGUGUGUUUAGGGCUUUAUCCUGUCAUAUAGUAUUGUUAUGUAUCUGUAAAAUCUUAACAGAUAACUUUUAGCUUGUUCAGUCUGUAUUGCUAUAGCAGAGGACAGGACUGAGCCCUAAUGUGCUCCUACAGGCAAUUGCACUUAGUACUACUUCUGCAUUCCCCCUGUUAUUUCAAAGGAUGAAUGCAGAUGGAAGGCUUUUACAUGUGGAAAAUUAAUGAUGCAGUAAACAAUUAUUUGAGGCUUUGUCUCAUAUUUAAAAAAAGCAGAAACCUAUGAGCUGUUUAUAAGACUUCUUUCUUUACAUCUUAAAUUUCAGCCAAAUUAUCAUUUUACAUUGGUGGAAAAGUUACUGUAAUAGCUUUUUCAUGUAAUAUGAAAAAAGCAUGAAAAGUAGCUUUGGAAUCUUCAAAUGGUAUUUAAAAUUGCCCAGUGACUUACUAGAUUAUGGUUGCUAUAAUUACUUUAAUAUUUGAUGCAGGUGGGAGUAAAUUUGUUGUGGGAGAAGAUUUAACAUAUCUGAAUUAGUCUGAUCCUCAGAAGAGGUUAGAGGUUGCUGAUAUUUAUUGUUAGUAUUUUUUUCAGACAUCAGUUCAUCUUGGAGCUGCAGAAUCUUGAAGUAGGCACCCGUUACACCUGUUGGAUAAAUUCUGCAAUGUCUGUUUUUGUGGAUGGUGAAGUAAUGCACUUUAAGUAGUAUGCACCAGUUUAUUUUACCAGUGAUGUGCAAUGUUGCUGUUUUAUCUUUUUAAUGUUUGACUUCAAAUACUUUCUACAAUAGCCAUAGACUUUUAUAUUUUCAAGAGUUGGAAUGUACAUUUGAAAUGUAGGCUCUUGAGUGAUUCAUGAGAACUUUAAAGCCAGGUUUGGAAUAAGGAUAAUAGACCCUUAUUCUCCUCUUCCCCAUGCUUUGUUUCAUUUCCCAUACUUAAGAUACUUUUUUCUUAUCUGCUGAAAAGCCAGUUUUCCCAACUGCAUUCAAGAAGCCUCUAAGUAGCAUUGGUAGAGUAUGAAUAUUUAUUUUUUUAUGAUUAAAAGUGAUACUGAAUCUCUUAAAAUACAGUAUCAAAAAUCAUCCAGUUUCUGAUCUUCUAAAGCAGUCUUUUCCUUAUGCCUGACUUUAAGUUUUGUUUUGAAUCCCCUACUGUCUUAAAUGCCCCUUUGAAAGUGUCUUUAUACAUCCUCCUGUUGGCUUUCCAAUAAUGAGAUAUAGUUCCUGUGUUUUAUUUGUAGAGUCACCACAUCUUUAUUUUCUAAGACAAAGGUGUUCAUCAAGAAACUGGUCUUUCCCCUUCCCUACAAUCAUGUUAAAUUUUGUGAUUGAAUAGGUAUAGAGGCAUUUGAUCUUUAUCUUCAUAGCACAGUGAUUUGUGGCAUGUCACCCAAGAGGAUAAAUCUUGGUAAAGAUUUAGUGCUUAGAUACCAUCUGCAGGAAGAGUCCCUUGCUCUAACUUUUACACAGAUAGCAUGAAUUGCUAGGGGUGGAAUAAUUCAGGGAAAAUGUACAUAUAUGAAUUUUUAUAUUAAAAUGUUGGGGUCUGUAAUAACAGCUUUUUAUAAAAGCAAGAGAUCAUGGUUGAACUUAAUGGCUGGUAAAUUGUACUGCAUCCUAUUACAGCUGAAUUUCAAGCACAGAAUAAACACCUUUCGAGCCUAACAUUCAGGAGGGGAAGGAGAAUGUUAGGUUAGCCAGGUUCAUUCAUAAACUGAACAUGAGGCCUCUGAGGGAGCUGUAGCUCCUGUUCCUAAAUGUUUUUUUUUGUUUGUUUGUUUGUCUUGGGCAAAUGUUAUGCAAAGCAGUAGUUGUAUGAGUUGCAGAUGGGAAAUGUAGGAGCAGUAUGGCCAGUAGAUGGAUUUCAGCACAUUACUCUAAACUAACGUAUUGUUCUGGGGAUUUUUGUCUUGAUUUAAUUAAGCAUUAUAGCUGAAACUCUUAUGUCAACUUUAUCUUGCUAAAAAGAACAAAACAGUGAUCAUGAGCCUGCUCAGCUUUUCUGCAUACAUAUCUUCUCAGUCAAGCUGCUUGUUGUCAGGUUUGAAUUGGAGAGAGAUGCAAAAAGGCAGGGAGUAGUUACUCGAGGGCCUGUAAAAUGAAGGCAUUGGAACUGAAUGUCUUUUUCGUGAUUUAAGACAUUGUCACUCAUUAUGAUUGUAGCUUUUGACAAAUUCUAACCGGAUGAUACUCCAGUACUGCUCUUCUGCUCAACAGCUUCAAGCAGCCUGGAGCUAAAGCCAGCUGUAUAAGACUGGCAUCUGCUAAAAGUGCUUUAGAGUACUAGUUUGAAUCCUGCCAAGAGCCUGAACUUGCUAAAGAUAGGAACACUUUUUGUCUAGCUAGAUCCUUGCUACUUUCUUCUCUACUGCUGUUUGCCUCUGCUGAUGGUACUGAAUGUUUUUUUUUUUUUUUUUUUUCCCCUCCCCCUUACAAAUGUUAUCGCUUAUUCGGUUGAUCUGUAAUACCAUACAGAGGAUGUUUUUUGCUGUAAUAAUUCUGAAGACAUUGUUUCUCUCUGUAUUGAGGUCCAGUGUCCAAAUAUGUUUCUUGCACUCUGAAAUGCAUUAACUUUUUCAUUCUAAAUUAAUAAAUGUAUCAUCUAAAUGAGAA